AUGGAAUCUACUGGGGCCCCCGGAGCCUCUGACCAUGCCCACCCACCUAAUUAUUCGGCUAAAGAUGGAGGCUCAGGCAUUGACACAAAAAACGAUGAUGAAACCGCACUGCCCGGUGAACUUAUCUCGGCAGGAUCCCAACAUCUACAUCGCCGGUUGGGCGGUAAGGAAGUGCAAUUGCUCGCGGUCGGUGGCGCUAUUGGAACAUCACUCUUUGUCCAAAUGGGCGCCUCUCUUCCUAAGGGCGGGCCUGCCGGACUAUUCCUAGGUUUCGUGGCAUAUGGCACCAUUGUUCUAUCCGUAAACCAGUGCUUUGCUGAAAUGGUCACAUAUCUUCCAAUCGCAUCGCCGUUUGUUCGGCUCUCUGGAUUUUGGGUCGAUGAUGCUCUGAGCUUCGCUAUGGGGUGGAACUAUUUCUUCCUGAUGGCAUUCGCAAUUCCUUACGAAAUCACAGCGAUUGAUGUACUUCUAGGCUAUUGGACUGACAAAAUACCCAUCGGGGCCGUCGUAGUGGUUUGCUUGGUGAUUUAUGCUGUCCUGAACGGGCUGGCCGUGCGCUAUUUUGGUAUUACUGAAUUCUAUCUUUCCAUAUUCAAAGUUUUCCUGAUGUUCGGUUUGAUGAUGUAUACCUUCAUCACUAUGGUCGGUGGAAACCCACAUCAUGAUUCGUAUGGUUUCAGAUACUGGAAGAAUCCAGGAUCGUUUGUCAAACAUCUGGCGCCCGGAAACACCGGUCGCUUUCUUGGAGUGCUAUCUUGCAUGAUUCAAGGAUCCUUCACCAUGGUUGGGCCGGAAUUUAUUUCCAUGGCAGCCGCCGAAGCAGAGAAUCCCCGCAAACUUAUGAAAAGAGCCUACGACUCGUUUGUAUGGCGUCUCAUGUUUUUCUUCCUUGGGGGUGCUCUUUGCGUUGGUAUCGUUAUUCCAUAUGACGAUGAACUUUUGAGCCAGUAUAUUUCUGGUAGCAAAUCAGGAAGUGGAACCGGAGCUGCUUCGCCUUAUGUUAUCUCGAUGGUAGAAUUCGGCAUCAAGGGCGUUCCCGACCUAGUCAACGCUUUGAUCAUGACAUCGGUUCUGUCAGCCGGCAAUAACGUUGUUUUCUCAGCUGCGAGAACUCUUCACGGCAUGGCAGUAGACGGUAAAGCUCCAUCUCUAUUUGCCAAAUGUAACAAAUUCGGCAUCCCAUAUUACGCAGUAAUUGCAGCCCUUUCGUUCUGCUUAUUGUCCCUCUUGCAACUAAGCAAGUCAUCAUCGACGGUGCUUGACUGGCUAGUCGGAAUUUGCACGGCCUCGUACCUCCUGAAUUACUUUGGAACAGUACUCACCUAUUUGCAUUUCCAUGAAGCUUUGAAGAAACAAGGUGUUGAUAGGGAUACCCUGCCUUAUAAAGGGCGUUUUCAGCCAUAUGCCGCGUGGUACGCCCUUGUUGGAACAUUUAUCAUGACGCUGAUUCUUGGAUAUAAUGUUUUCAUACACGGUCAGUGGGAUAUUACGACGUUCUUCACGAACUAUACCAUGGUUGGGUUCUUUCCCGUUGCGUACUUAUUUUGGAAGAUUGUUAAGCGUACCAAGUACGUCAGACCUGGAACGGCCGAUCUCAAUCUUGGAACUUUGAAGGAAGAGAUAGAUCUAUAUGAGGCGCUCUACGAGCCUCCAAGGCGAGGAAAGAUCGGCACAUAUUUUAACAAGUUCUUUGAAUAG